AAAGGAGGAAGAAGCAGCAGAAUCCCUCCAGUUUUCAGUGGAUGAGCAAGAAGACUUGUUUUUUUAAUUUCUAGGUGAUUUGGUGUAUCUAAUGUUGGUCUGGGGCUCACCUGAGGUGCACGUGCAGAUGGAGCUGCUGUUCUUAAGGCUGUAGCGCCGGUUUGCUCUGAGAUAUCGCGAUGUUUUCCUCCAACAUGGAAACAAAAAGAGUGGAGAUCCCGACCGGAAUGCUGGACGACCUCUGCAGCCGCUUCAUCCUGCACAUCCCCAGCGAGGAGAGGGACAACGCUAUCCGGGUGUGUUUCCAGAUCGAGCUCGCCCACUGGUUCUACCUGGACUUCUGCAUGCAGAACACUCCCGGAGCUCCUCACUGCGGGAUCAGAGACUUCGCCAAAGCAGUGUUCCAUCACUGUCCGUUCCUGCUGCCUAAUGGAGAAGACGUCCAGAAGAUCCUGGAGCAGUGGAAGGAGUACAAGAUGGGAGUGCCUACUUUUGGAGCCAUCAUUCUGGAUGAAUCUCUAGAAAACGCUCUGCUGGUUCAGGGAUACCUCGCUAAGUCCGGCUGGGGCUUUCCAAAGGGGAAAGUUAACGAGGAUGAAGCUCCUCACGACUGUGCCGUGCGAGAGGUGCUGGAGGAGACGGGCUUCGACAUAAAGAACCGUAUUUCCAAAGACGUCUUCCUCGAGCAGAAGAUCACGGACCAGGUGGUUCGGCUCUACAUCAUCCCCGGGGUGUCGCAGGACACAAAGUUCAACCCACGGACGAGGAAGGAGAUCAGGAGCCCAAUUCUGAAAAGUAAUGGUAAAAAGAGUCAGGACUCGUCUGCGGUGAAGAAAGGAGCCAAUGAUAAUGGGGCCAACAACCAGCAGAAAGAAGAUAAAAAACUUCAACCCAGAAGACUGCAAGACAGUUUUGAGAAAGAAGGAUCUCCAAGCAAAGACUCCGAGCACAUUCUAUCCUCCAAGGUCUUCCUCAAUUUCAAAUUUGACCGAGAAGCCAUCAUGAAAUGUUUCGACUACUGACAGCGCUGGUUCUCUCCUGUGAUGGCAUCAAACCGUGGAUACUAAAAGGACUUUUUUUUUACCUUUUAUAGUCAAAGCUGGGAUGUUACUGAAGCUUGCCCUUUCGGCACAUUUCUCGUCAUGUAUGUAGUUGUUUAUUUCCCAUUGAACACAUCCAAUAAGGCUUUUUCUACCCAAUUGUCCAGAGCUUAGAGAAGGUAUGCUAAGCUAACAGCACUGUGUUCAAUAUGUCUCAGGCAGAAUCCUAACUUUACUUCUUUGAAUAACUGAAUUCAUGAUUCAAUCUGCAGGAGAAAACACAUGAGAUCAGGACUUUAAUCUGUUGUCUUUUAAAAGGUCAAACGUUUUGAGACCAUAAUGGAUUUUAAGCACAUUUGAGGUCACGGGUGAAACAUCAGCUGUGAUAUCUGUGGUGAAUUUUGCCACUGUUGAAUUCAUCAUGUUAUUGUGAUUUUUAAGAUUAUUUCGGUGUUGUUAAUUUCCUCCGUUCUUCAAACUGAGUGCCUACAAAGUUGUGUUGGCUGUUAAAAAAUGGGAAGGUAUUGAGAAUAUGAUUGGCUUUAUAUAUUUAUAUAGUGUUAUAGGCUGUAUUAUGAAAAUUACUUUAGAUUUUAAACAGGAAUGGAGAGUUAAAUAUUAAAUACCAGUGGUCUUUGCAGUUGGUCUUAGCAAGUUGAAUAUCAUUUACAUGAGAUGCCAACAUUGAAAGGCAAUCAUCUAUGUGGCUUUCAUUCAAAAGUCACGUUUUUGCAUCGGAUUUUAACAUUUUAAUAUUGUCAUUCAUCAUGUGCACACACGAGGAACAUUACAUCUCAAUGUGGUUAACUAGUUUUAGUAUUUUAAGCCACAGACUUCCAUACAUUGUUAAUUUGCCUUAAAGUGACCCACAUCACGCGGCUGUUCGUUCGUUUGGUUUCGGCAGGGUUCACAUGUUUAAUGUCGUGGAGAUUUCACCAGUCAGUCAUAUUUUUUUUUCUACACAACGCACUCGUUAACUGCUCUAUCAUUUGGAUGGUAUGGCAGGUUGUAGACUCCUAGCUUUGGAGCAUGUUGGACGAACACUUUGUUAGACUACAGUGAGUCUAUCAGGUACUCAAAACCUUCACAGAGGACUCGGCAGGAUUUCGUUUUCAUAUCUGUUUUUCAAACCCAAAGACCUGAUCUUUGCAAUGUCCCUCAUACAGUAGGUCUUGUAUACAUGUGACUGGCUAUUGAUGUGAUGCUCACUGGGGUUUCUUUGUUAUUGAUUGUACAGAUGGUGAUCUCACGUUGUCUUUCGGCUUUAAUGUGUUUGUCUUAAACUGUGAAUAUUAAUAAAGUUCGUUUUUUUUCAUA